CUCCUCUCCCCUUCCCGCGGCCGUGACCAUUGUGGCUCAAGAGUUUGUGGCUCCAGCUGGGCCUCCUUCCGCCCAUGUUCCAAUCCGCAGACCAGGCCUCGGUGAUGGCGGACGCCAAAACGUAUGUUCUGAAGGACCUCGACGCAGACGCCUUCCAUGCCGACCUGUUGGCGGCGAAGGCAGCGGUCGGUGAGGCUACGGAGGCAGACGCAAGGCACCUCCAGGGCAUCGUGCGCGCGAUGCACGUGCUGCUGUACGGGGGCCACGCUCUGCUGUUCCUCGGCACGGCGCAGGCCUGGGGGCUCUCCGCAGCCGCGACGUGCCUGCUGGCGGCGGCAAUGAUCAGCACGGGGCGGUGCAUGAGGUGGACCAUCGUCGGGCACCACGUCAUGCACGGCGGCUACGACAAGCUGCAGCGCAGCAGGCCAGGGUGCCUGGAACCGCAGUACAAGCGCGGCGUCUUCGCCAUGGGUGCGCGCCGCGUCCUGGACUGGAUGGACUGGAUGUUGCCGGAAGCCUGGGACGCCGAGCACAACAGCAUGCACCAUCUGUACCUCUCGGAGAAUAAGGAUCCCGAUCUUGUGGAGAAUAACUUCAGCAUGAUGCAUUCACUUCCCAUCCCGAAGGUUCUGAAGUACCUGUCUAUGCUGGGGUGGAUGGCCAGCUGGAAGUACGCCUACUACUCACCAAACACGUUCAAGGAGCUGCAGUUCGCCUGCAAGGGCUCCUGGUUGACUAAGCGCUGGCCAGCCAGCACAAGCCGCGAGAAACCGCUGGUGCUGACCCACAUCGUCUUCGAGAAUCCCGCAAGGGCGUUAUUAAGGGGUGCGUUUGGCGAGCUUGCUUUCUGGGCGUGCUUCCUACUCCUCUGGCUCGGUGUCGUCGUGCCCAUGGCUGCCAUGGUUGCGCUGCCUGCGGCCACGCCACUGCUGCUGAGCACCGUGGGCGCCUGGCCCUUCGCUGCGGCUCCAGCGGAUGCUGCGUGGAGGGCGCUCGCCGUCGCUGCUCUUGCCGAGUCUCUGACGAAUGCGCACUCCUUCAUCAUCAUCGCCUGCAAUCACGCGGGCGAAGACCUGUACCGGUACGAGACCUCGUGCAAGGCAUACACCGCGGAGUGGUUCUGCCGCUGCGCGCACUCAUCCGUGAACUUCGAGUGCGGCAACGACCUCAUCGACAGCUUAUAUGGGUGGCUGAACUACCAGAUUGAGCACCAUAUGUUUCCAGACAUGUCUUUGUUGCAGUACCGCAAGCUGCAGCCGUUGGUUCAGAGCAUCUGCAAGAAGCAUGGCGUCUUGUACGUGCAGCAGAACGCUCUGCGGCGUAUGUGGCAGAUGUUCCGCAUUGCAGCAGGUGACGCGAAGAUGAUUAGGUGCACCGCCUUGAUUCCUCCCAAGGUGGAGUCGGCAGGUGUGGCCGACAGCCCUUUGCUUGGCGGGUAGACCUUCACUGAUGGAUAUGGCCGAUAGUUCCUGCGGCUGAUCACGCUGCGCACCCAGCAGUGCCUAACCCCAGGAAGUUUUUAUUUUUCAGGAACCUUCCUCCCUGUUUCUCGGCGGGGACUAGACUCCACCCCUCCUCCUGCUCCUCCCCAGUCGUAGUCGUAACCGUUGUCGUCGUUGUUGCGCGGCGGGCGCCGCGGAGAAAUAGUUAUUUCUAUUAUUCGUGGGACCCCAGCCCGUCAACCAGGGCGUCGAAAGGAUAUGUCGUUUCCACUAUUUUUGGGAGGGUUCUAAAGACCUGCAGCGGUUAGUGCGUGCGCGUAGUCCUUCAUGGCGCUGCGGCUUGCUCCUGUAGCGGGGG